AUGAUUGAGAGCAGUAAUUUCGUCAAAUGUAAUGGUGUAAGUAGUUCCAUUGAUUUAAAAGCAGGUAAAUUUAUUAUUUAGUUAUUCGUUGCAUCAUGCCAUCUGUUAAUAAUGCGAAAUACUUUACAAUUAAAUGCUUCCAGCUUCUCCUUUUGCGUGUCAGAUAAAUUAGAGAAGAUAUGUAAAAUAGAUUGAUAGUAAGGACGAAUAAAGGUAUAAUAUAAUCUAUAAGAAAUUUCUUCGGACAACAUGCGACUGGACGAUAUUGGAAAAGUUUGUUAGCGCACCUCUUUGCUUCCGGAAUAUGGAACUCACAUAUGCUCUUUAGUCUCAUUAAACUAUACAAAAUACGUAAAGUGAAAAGCCUCCUGUGAACUAUAGUUGUUUCGCAGGAUAAUCGAUCACCAGAGUAAGGAUCUCUCUAAUUUCUGCAUUUUGAACAGAAUUAUUAAUUCUUUCUACGAGUACUCUAUUUUUUAUCUGCAUUAUUCGCAUCCGCUCAUUAUUUUUUAUUUUUUAAAUUCAUUUUCUUAAUUUAACAUUCUUGUUAUUAUAAUUAUUGAACUAUUGACAAACAAGUCUGUUUUACAUAUUCAUGAUAUCUAUAGCAGAUCUUACACCCUAUCAUAUAUAUUAAUCAAUUCACCAAUAAUGAUAUUCAUUACAUUUCACAUUUAUAACUUGAUCCAUUUUGCAAAAAAAGCUAGAAAAUCUUAUGCCUAUUAUUCUCGGUUGCUAAGAUCUGUGAUGAAUAGGGGGGGGGGGGGGGGGGCGGCCCCCAAAACUCCCCCCA